CGGGUAGUGUGUUCCUCGGAUGGCUACCGUCUCCGUGUCUUUUCUUUACCCCCUCCAGCACAGAACUAUUUAUGAAUACCAUCUGCCGGGGGUGAUUUGGCUAGCAGGAGGGUGUUGGUACUGUAUGUCAGAAGGUCCAACACAUUGGCUAAGAUGCGCGUCCUCUGUGACUGUGCUCGACCACCCAUUAAUUCUGUAGGUAGCCUGAUUGGAUGCGGUGCCUUUGAGAACGCUACGAGAGAGGUAUAGGCAGAUGUCUUUGACACGCGGAGAUCCUCUGUACGCACGCGUGCCACCAGCCAGGUCUCCACCCUCUACCUGCAAGCGAGGAGCGCACCUGGAUCCAACGAGACGGAAGUAGUUCGCAGAGAUUGAGGAUUAACUGUGCUGACUGUGACAACUAGACAUCGGAUAACCAACUAUUGGAAUCUGCACAUUUUUGAAGAAGAAUUUCGUAAAGCUAUAACGCAAGAUGUAAUUUCAUGGACUUUUAAACUUUGAGUGGACUACAGUUCUUAUUAUGUAACGUCCCACACGGACGUCGAUUGACGCAGCCCCGCCACAUCUCCAGAAAGAUGACAGGCUUCCGCAGGAUCCUGAGGAGGAGGUUACACCCUCUGAAGCUGGUCGUCGUCGCCCUGAUAUUCGUCACGUUUCUGUUCCUGAUCCAGCGGGAGGUGGGCAGCCAGGACCCUGAGGAGGAGCCCUGGCUGAGGGAGAUGGCUGUGAAGAGAGACGCCGUGCUGGGCAUGGUCAUGGGGGCCGUCAACAACUUCCGGGACGCCAUCCCAAAGAUGCAGAUCAAAGCCCCGGUCCGGCAGCAGGGCAGUGCGGACGGCGCAUCCUGCCUGCCGGGCGUGUACACAGCGGCGGAGCUGAGGCCGGCCCUGGAGCGCCCCCCGCAGGACCCCAACGCCCCAGGGGCUGCUGGGAAGCCCUUCCUCAAGGAGGGGCUGAGCCCCGCGGAGCAGAAGGAGAAAGAGCGGGGAGAUGAGAAACACUGCUUUAACCUGUUCGCCAGCGACCGCAUCUCCCUGAGCCGGGACCUGGGCCCGGACACCAGACCUCCAGAAUGCAUCGAGCAGACGUUCAAGCGCUGCCCCCCCCUGCCGACCACCAGCGUGAUCAUCGUGUUCCACAACGAGGGCUGGAGCACCCUGCUGAGGACCGUGUACAGCGUGCUGCACACCUCCCCCGCCAUCCUCCUCAAGGAGAUCAUCCUGGUGGACGACGCCAGCGUGGACGAGGUUUUGAAGGAUGAGCUGGACGAGUACCUGAAGCGUCUCCACAUGGUGCGUGUGGUCAGGCAGAGGGAAAGGAAAGGCCUGAUCACCGCCCGCCUGCUCGGAGCGUCCGUGGCCACCGGAGAGACCCUCACCUUCCUAGACGCUCACUGUGAAUGUUUCUGUGGCUGGCUGGAGCCCCUGCUGGCCAGGAUAGCUGAGAACAACACGGCCGUGGUGAGCCCCGACAUCACCACCAUCGACCUCAACACCUUCGAGUUCAUGAAGCCCUCGCCGUACGGACAGAACCACAACCGUGGGAACUUUGACUGGGGCCUGUCGUUUGGCUGGGAGGGCCUGCCAGACCAGGAGAAGCACAGGAGGAAGGAUGAAACCUAUCCCAUCAAGACACCAACUUUUGCCGGAGGGCUCUUCUCGAUCUCUAAAGAAUACUUCUAUCACAUCGGGAGCUACGAUGAGCAGAUGGAGAUCUGGGGCGGAGAGAAUAUCGAAAUGUCGUUCAGGGUGUGGCAGUGCGGAGGCCAGCUGGAGAUCAUCCCCUGCUCCAUCGUGGGCCACGUGUUCAGGACCAAGAGCCCCCACAGCUUCCCCAAAGGCACGCAGGUCAUUGCUCGCAACCAAGUCCGCCUAGCCGAGGUGUGGAUGGACGAGUACAAGGAGAUCUUCUACCGGCGCAACCAGCAAGCGGCGCAGAUCGCUAAAGAUAGAGCUUUCGGAGACCUUUCCAGCCGCGUGGACCUCCGCGAGCGUCUGCACUGCCAGAGCUUCUCCUGGUAUCUGAAGAACGUCUACCCUGAGGUGUUCAUGCCCGAUCUCAACCCGCUCUACUUUGGCUCGGUGAAGAACCUGGGGAAAGACUCGUGUCUGGAUGCAGGAGAGAAUAACGAGGGAGGGAAGCAGCUCAUCAUGUACCCGUGCCACGGUCUCGGAGGAAACCAGUAUUUCGAGUACUCCACGCACCAUGAGAUACGACACAACAUCCAGAAGGAGCUGUGUCUGCAGGGGGCAGGCGGGGCCCUGAAGCUGGAGGACUGCCAGUUCAAAGGCAGGAGCACGUCCGUGGGCCCAGAGCAGAGAUGGGAGGUGAAGGAGAACAAGCUGUUCUUCAUGCCAGGACUGAACCUGUGUCUGACUGCCCGCCACGGGGCGCCGGCCUUGGCCUCCUGCAACCCCUCGGACCGCUUCCAGCUCUGGGUCUUCACCUGAGGGGGUUUCCUGGCCCCCCUGAGGGGGUCUCCUGGCCCCCCUGACACACUGACACCUGCAGGAUAGACUUGUCCUCAGAGGAACUUGAUCAAAAAGCAGUCGGCAUACUUUUUAGAUUUUUGGAUCAAAUCUAUUUCUUUAUUUAUUUUUAUACUCUGAAGAACUGAACACUACCGCUGGAAAGUUUAAGACUUCAAGAACAAGUACUGUGUGCAACCUCCGGAAGGAAGCAUUUGAAAGCUUUUCCUUAAAGCUGCAAAACUGACUUUUUUUGUUUUCUUUCUUUUGUUUUCCCGGGAUUUGGGAUGUAAUUUAUGCCGGUCUACGCUCGCUUUCAGUUUAGUCAAGACUGUCGCCUGGAGCUGGGAGCCAACCCUGAAUGGGACUGAGGAGAUCAUCUUUUGAAGAAAACCACUGUGUCUUAUCUCCUUUAACAUUUUUCAUUACUUUUAUUGACCUGGGGUCUUCGUAUCUAUUAUUUAGUUAGUUACAUACUGGACGCUUUCUGCUUUAUUGCCCACACUGAAUAAUGUAUACAUCUUUAUGUCAACAACUGAAGUGGACACUCAAGAAAAUGCAAUAGUCUAGGCACCAAAGACGCGCCAAUUUUCUUUCUAUUGAACGGAAUGUUUUAUGAUAUAGAUUAUUCAAUAUGUUUCACUACUGCCUUUUUAUCUGCACAUGUGUAGCGGGCAUGACAGGCCUGUUCCAGUGCAGAGAACGCCGCAGGUACAGACAGCCAGCACUAGAAGGCGCCAGAGUUCCUCAACGCCACAAUGUUCCUCAAUGCCUUUUGAUUUCCCUGAUCUUUUUUACGAGCCAGUUCAUAAAAAUGAGCCCGUUCAUAAAUAUGAUUUCAGUGGUUAAUAACAACAGUGCCCUGUAAAAUAUUUGUCAACAUGUACUUGAGUUAAUUUCACCACAGCAACCUGUUUAUUUGGUUAUUCUACUUUUCCCAUCUCUUAUUUAAAGAUAAAAGCUGAGUUAUUCUGUGAAACUUUUAAUUCUUCUCAGUUUAUCUUAGAUAUUUUUCCAAAUAGGGUGUUUCCUCCAUUCCAACUCUGGUAGUCAUAUAGUGAUUCUAACUUUCUAAUCCAGAUGUAUUGGUUCAUAAUAAAAUGGUGUUGCAUCUGUCUGUAUGUACACAUCAUUGCUCAUAGAAAUCACUUUCAGAUGUAUCUGUAGCCAGGGAAUCUCCUUUUACUUUUUUAACAAUGUUAUGUUUGUCAGUCAAAAGUGUUUAUUACAUUAAAUAUGUUUUUGUACUGUCAGGCAAGUACAA